CAAGAAGAAGAAGAAGUUUCAGAAAAGGAAACCAAAUCACACGCCAAAGCCGGCCGGGGAAAAGCAUCGCCGCGAAGCAACAAGCAAGGCAGACCGCCGCCGCCGCCCGCCGGCGAAGCAAAGCCACCAAUCGAGCUUCGCCAGGCGACUCGCCCAACGCAGGACAGGCCUGGCUAGGGCAGCGACGACCGAGAUAGCGAUGGCGUCGUCGCCUCCGGAUCCGUGGGCGAGGGAGUACGGCGAGGCGGCGCGGCUGGCGGACGACGUGGGCGCCAUGGUCGCCGUCGGCGGGGGCGGCGGCGGCCCGGAGGCCAUGCGCCACGCGUCGGCCAUCCGGAGGAAGAUCACCAUCCUCGGGACCCGGCUCGAUAGCCUCGAGGGCUCGCUCUCCAGGGUUCCCCCAAAGUCCAUCACUGACAAGGAGUUGCAUAAGCGCCAAGACAUGCUUUCUAAUUUGAGAUCUAGAGCAAAACAGAUGGCGUCCAGUUUCAAUAUGUCAACCUCUGCCAAUAGGGAGGAUUUGCUUGGUCAGACUAAGAAACCUGCUGAUGACAUGAGCAGAGUAGCCGCAUUGGACAGCCAAGGGAUUGUUGGCCUUCAGAGGCAAAUCAUGAAAGAACAAGAUGAGGGUCUUGAGAAGCUGGAACAGACAGUACUGAGCACUAAACAUAUUGCAUUAGCAGUCAAUGAAGAACUUGACCUGCAUACAAAACUGAUUGAAGACUUGGACGAUCAUGUUGAUGGUACAAACUCGCGCCUUCAGCGUGUGCAAAAGAAGCUCGCGGUUCUGAACAAGCGCGCCAAGGGUGGAUGCUCGUGCAUGUCCUUACUGUUGUCUGUUGUCUCUAUAGUGAUGCUCGUGGUCAUUGUCUGGCUCCUCAUGAAGUUCCUGUAACCUGUUGUCCAACUCAAACCAGUUUCAAAAUGUGCAGUCUUUCGAAGAUAAAUACACUUGCUUCCAUUUCGUCUUCCUUUCCGCCACAAGUGAGAAAAAUGGGCAGCAGUUUGUGUAUGCCUUUGACAGGUUGAAAUGUGAAGUUCUUCAGACUUUCUAUAUCUGUGAUUUACAAGUUCCUUCAAGGCAUCAAUCAGCUGAUAAUGAAA